GUCCCAAGAUGGCGGCCUCCAUGCGGCGGGGUAUAGUUCAGCUGUCUUUACGCGCUUACUUGCAGGGUGCAGAAUCUUUACUGAAUCCUGCCCGCUUGGCCCCGUCCUCUGUUGUAGUCCCAGUGAGAACAAAAAAGCGACAUUUCAUUCCCCCAUCGGUCAAUGCAAAGUAUGCUACUCCGGAAGAGCAGCAAAAGCAUGCCAGGGCUGCAGGGAUUGUGACCCCUCAUGAACGGUUAGCACGCCCCAUAACUAUUUUCUGCACAGCUGGGAUCUUCGAUGCCUAUAUUCCUCUAGAAGGGGACGCCCGCAUGUCAUCUUUGUCGAAGGAAGGACUGAAGCAAAGGGCAGAGCAGAUUAAGCAGACUGCAGCUUCGCAGCUGGCAAUCCGAAAGAUCAAAGAACACGUUCCUGACUUCAGCUCCAAAACUUUUGCAGAAAAGGCCCAAGAUAUCUUUAUUGAAGCUCACAAUAGUUUGGCAAACUUUGACAAAGUGAAGCUUCAUGCUUUAGUGACCGAACGCUGUUACCCGGAAAUGAUACGAGGAAACAGAGACAAGACUAUCCGGUGGACUUUUCUGGAGUCCCUCGAACCCCCUCGGGUGGUUCACGUGCGAUGCCCAAGCAUGGUGAGCAAAGAGAACCUGUAUGGACAAGUCACAGUUCGGAUGCACACCCGGCAGACUUUAGCCAUCUAUGACCGGUUUGGGAGGCUGAUGUAUGGUGGGGAGCAGAUACCAAAGGAUGUCCUGGAAUACGUUGUGUUUGAGAGACAACUGAGCUACCGGUAUGGUCAGUGGAGAUUGCAUGGCAAGAUCGUUCCAGCUUGGGCUCCUCCCAAAGACCCCGUCCUCAAGACGAUUAUGAUCCCAGGACCAACCUUGGCUCCUUCGCAAGAAUCUGAAGAUAUCAAUCUCGCCCCAGAGGCGCCAGCCCCACAGACCCAGUGGUACAAAUGAUCCCAAAAGAGUGAGCCACAGGGGACAGAAGGUCAGGCGAAGGGGACGCUUUUGAACCAAGUGCCACCAGCCUUAGGAGCCACCGAUGUUGCAUGCCUCGGUUCCCGUCCUUUUCACAUCCAUACACGUCUUUUGUGUAGAGGAGUUUGUUGCUGAGAACUUGUCGCAAAGCCCUGAACUGCGGAAAGGUGCACACGGGCAUUUUGCAGCAGGCAGGCCACCUGGGCUGCUAUCUCUUUCAAGCCUCUUUGCUUUUCCCCAUGAGACCGAUCCCUGUAUAGCCUACGUAUGGGCUAAAAUGGCC